AUGGCCCUCUCAGAUGCAUUGGCGGCCCUCGAAGCUCAGACUGGAGUCAGUGAGAUGCCGCCCCUUGAGUCGAGUCAUGUUGAUCGUAUGAAGCAGGCGAUUGAGGCGGCUGGAGGUUUACCGAUUGAGCGUGAUUGUCGCAAAGAGAUCUUGGGGGUGAAUGAAGCUGACCUCGCUGAGGUGAUUCUACCGCUGUGCACCUGGCUCAAAGGAAUCACCCAAGGUCCGAGCGGGGAAGGAGAGCGAGUGUUGGUGGGUUUGUGCGGAUCUGCAGCUGCGGGGAAGUCGACGCUGGCCCAGAUACUCUGCGCAGCAUAUGGCAUCAUUUGGGGCGCUUCAUCUAUUCAAUGCGUAAGCAUGGAUGCAUACAGCUAUCCCAACGCGCACCUUGCCGCAGAAGUGACGGAGUACCUCGGGCGUGCUUGCACCCUCAAGGAUAUCAAGGGUCUCCCGAAGACAUUGGACUGUGCAUCGCUCCUGCGAGAUCUGGGCCGUUUGCGUACCCCGAGCAAGGAGAGCAUAAAGCUCCCAGCAUAUAGCAGAGACCUUCACGACCCCGUGCCGGACAGUGUGACGGUAGCACCCGAUUGCCGUGUCGUCCUUGUCGAAGGGCUCCACCUUCUUCAUCAAGAAGGUCUAUGGAAGGAAAUCUCCGCCGCUCUACACCGCACAAUAUUCCUCGACAUUUCGCGCUCCGUUUGCUUCGAUAGAGUUGUGGGGAGGAAAGUGGCCAAUGGCCGAUCGAGGGAAUCCUCUGAAUCCCACUUUGAUCGGGUAGAUGGGCCUGUUUGGGACCAAUUGCAGGAGGAAAAAAAACGAGCAGAUCUCGUCCUAGUUGUACAGCCCACAAGUGAUCGCCAACUAUGGGUUUCAAACAUCGUAACGAAGUUGGCGCGUGGCGAGCCGCAACCGGUACCACAGGAGUUGUAGAGAUUGGCGUCCACGUGACGAUGGCCUUCUCCCUGCAACCCUCGCGCA